CAAAUACAUCACUUUUAUCACCGCACUAUCUGUUGCCAUUUUUCGAAAGGCCUAUAAAAAAAAAAAUUGAAUUUAAUGUCUUUAUUGUAAUAAUUGGCAGGCGUUAAGGGAAAUAUAUAUUUUGUUAAAAAAAAUGACGACGUAUACGUACCAAUGAACUUUAACUGCAACGAGUGCCAAAAACCAUUUAAAAAAUCCUCCCAAAAACAGACAUAGUACAACAAAUGGACACACUGUGUGGCAAGUGAUGUCAUAGCUAUGGUAGGAAAGAAAAACAAAAAAAUAAUAAAAACAAGCAUUCGAAGCACAUGGUAUAUCCUAGCCAUGAUGCCAAAAUAAAAACUUGUUAUGAAUUGUAUAUUCAGUAUAAAAUAAAACUUGCAGGAUACUAGAUGCAACCAGCAGAGCUCCAGUAAAAGUAAAUGAAAAGCAUUUAGUUGAACAACUAAAUUCUAUACUAAACAAAAGUUUGUGUAUAAAAACUGAAAGUUUUGUUUUAAUAAAAAAAUAAACUUAACUAUAAUAUAGAAUAACUAAUAAUUAUAAAGAAAAUAAAGUUUGCAAAAUGCCUUCAACUUGUAAAUUUAUAUUAAAUAAACCAAAUGCUGUAUAUUAUAGUGGUGAAUCUAUAAGUGGUCAGGCCAUUGUUAAUAUAACUUUUGUGCAAGAUGUAAGAAAUGUGCGUAUUUUUGUAUUGGGUGAGGCCAAAAUCAAAUGGUGCGAGCAUGCUGGUCGUCAUACUACAUAUUAUAAAUCGCAUGAAACUUAUAUUGACAAUGGUACUAAUUUGCGUAUUGAGAAUGUUCUACAGCCGGGCACAUACACCUAUACAUUCGAUAUUGCAUUGCCACCGCUGUGUCCCACUUCCUGUGAAUGCAAAUAUGGUUAUAUACGCUAUGUAUUGUCGUUGAAAUUGAAAGGUCCCUUUGGUCUUGAUAAUUUUGUAUUUAAAAAACCAUUAACAGUUUUGCAAAAAGUUGAUUUAAAUUUACAUCGUGAUUAUAAGUUAAACAUUUCCGUCGAUGACUCCUACACACCCUAUACAAGUGGUAAAAUCUUCUACAACCUACAAAUUCCAUUCAGUGCAUAUGCACCUGGUCAAACGGUGAAAUAUACAUUCCACAUAAAUAAUCAAUCGAAAACUGAUGUCGAUGGCUAUACCUUAGAGUUUUCACAAAAAUUUUUAUGCAUUGCUAAAUCAACGGAUUUGCUAUUGCCUAAGAAAAAAGAAUUCACCGAUGAAAAUAUUAUUCUACGCAUAACAUUCAUUGAACCGUGCAAACGUUUGUCCAGUCGCCUGUGGAAGGGACAAUUUAUUAUACCUUCUGUGCCACCAAGUGAAGUUAAUUGUAAUUUUAUACGUGUUGAAUAUUUAAUGAAGAUUAUAGCUCAUGUUAGUGGUCAUAAAGAUUUCCCUAUAAGUAUACCAAUAGUUAUUGGUACUAUACCAUUGCAAGAGAGUUUGGUGCGACAAAGACCAGCAACUUUGGCUCAGGAUCGUGUUAUGGCUUUAAAGUCGAAUGCCAGUAGUACAACAGAUCUAGCAACAGCUUCAUCGCCAACAGCCUCAACAACAUCAACACCAACCGGAAGUAGUGAUAUUGUUAAACGUCCUCGUUCACCUAGUAGAACUUUAAAACCACAAAGUGGUAUGACACCGUCCCCUUCGGAAUUAUCAAUAGCUUCCUUUGAUAGCUUAUUAGAGUUUUAUGAUAAUGAUCAACCUUCAUUUGAAGAGGGUGUACGCAGUGGUUCACCAUUUAUUGAUAAUGAUGCCGAUGAAAAUCAUCGUAUUGAUGAUUUUAGACCCUUAUAUCCCAUUUAUAAGCAAACUAUAGUUUAGACUAAAUUACACUGUAAGGAAAGUUAAAUUCACAGUUGCAAUAUUAUGAUGAUAUGGGUUUCCUUAGCUAUUCUAGUAGAUUUGUAUAUCUAGUUACUAUACUAGUGGUUAGUUUUUUACUGAAUGCUGUGUUGCCAACUUAGUGCUGUGAAUUAAAUUAAACUGUGCCAUUUUCUGCUCAAAUCGCUUUCACUUUAUAACAAUUAAGAACACCAAACGACAAAGUUUACAAAUAAUUUUAAGGUCUUAAAGUCAAAUAAACGAGAAAGAUAAUGAUUAGGUUCCAAAUCUAAAUAUACGAGAGAAAUAAUUAUGUUAAUUAAAAGUUUAAAACUUGUGGUUCUUAGAAUAGAUUAAUCGAUUUUAAUUUAAUUAUCUUAUUAAGUGAAAAUUAAACUAGAAUUCUAAAUCAAUAGUCAGACAUGAUAUGAUGAUUCUAAAUCAAUAGUUAAAUAUUAUAUAAAAUUUUGUAUUUAUCAAUUUAUAUCCAACACCUUUACUGUUUUAUGGAAUUUUAUCUAAAAACCCAAAUAUACAUUUUUGAUUUUUAACCAUAAAUUUUAUAUAAAACCACAAAAGGAUUUUUAUCAUUGAUCCAGUGUACAGCGAAAGGUGUUGGGUAUUAUAUGUUCGGUCACCUCCGACUAAACUUUAAUUAAGCACUGUUGUUUAUAUCUCAAUGUUUUCUCAAAUUUCCCUCUAAAUAAUUAGUAAUUUUUUUUCAAAAUCUCUGUGUAAUACUUUCUCAGCCUUAAACUUACUAUAUGAUAUAUGUAUGCUUUAAUAAAAAUAAUAAAAUUAUAAACUUUUUAAAAGAAUGUAUAAAAUUUACAUAUAAUUAAAAGUCGCAGUAUCAAGCCAACUUUAAAACAAAUUCAGCCAUGUCUAAUCUUCUGUAUCCACAACCAAAUUUUGUUUCGUAAAAUU